CUAAAGUCGAAUUUUAAAAUGAAAGUUCUUUUCAUGCUGCUUUUUACAAUCCUUAGCCCAACAUCAUCAAUUAACAUUGAAUGUAAUUACGAUUUAAGAGAUUUCUAUAUAAUUGGCUCAAGUUACACUUGUCAUGUAAAAAUCAACACAUACAUUAUAUCACCAGAUUCAGUGGACAUUUUUUCAGCUAAAGGCACUCAUAAAAAUGAAAAAAAUGACCAUUCAGUAGUCGCAAUCAAAGCUGAAAAUUCAAAGUUUUUAUAUUUUCCACAUGGCUUGAAGAAAAUUUUCAAAAAAUUGAAGCUAAUUUGGAUUGAAACUUGUCAAAUGAAGGAAAUUCAUCAGACAGACUUAAUGCUCUAUCCUGAUUUAGAAAUAUUGUGUGUUGGUGGCAAUGACAUACAAGUUCUUGAUGAAGAUUUAUUUAAAUACAAUCUUGAACUGAAAGUGUUUUCAUGCUGGUACUGCAACAUAUUUCAUGUUGAUCCAAAGGUUUUUGAUAAUUUGCCAAAAUUAACUGACAUUUGGUUUGUUGUGAAUCAGUGCAUUGACAAGAAAAGUGAUGGUACUUCGGUGUAUGUUAAUGAUAUGAUUGGUGCAAUUAAGGAUAAAUGUAUGAGUCCUUCGUUUUUAAUGCUAAAGCAGAAAUUUGAUGAUUUUGAGGAAGUACACAGAAAUUUAUCGAGUGAAAGAUUUAAUGAUAAAUUAGAAGUGCUUGAAAAGGAAUUAAAAACUUCAAAAUUCUACAACUUUCCCUCAUUAAAGAAGAAAAUUGAAGAAUUUAAGGAUCAAAACAUUCAAAACACAUGCAAGACUGAUAAAUUGGAGACUAACAGCUUUAAAUCUGAAGGAAUGACAGCUUUGAACAUGAAAAUCAAUGACAUUGAAAGCGAUUUAAAGGUUUCAAUGAUUGACACAUCAAGAAACGUUGAAUACUUAGUGAAGAAUCUACAGACAUCCCAUGAAGAGGAACUGACAGCAUUGAAAGACAAAAUUGAAGAUCUGAGGUCCUCAAAUGAGAAUAUGGCAAGAAAAAUUGACAAAAUGUCAAAUAAAUUGGAAAAGUUGACUGAAGUUUUGGAGAAAAUCGACGAGAAAGUAAGCAAAUUUGUGCAACAUUAAAGCCAUGACAUUGAAAGAGAGAGGGUGGGGGGGGGGGGGGGCAAAAUACAAUUUUUGAGUGAUUUUUUUAAAACAUGAUUAAGAUGGCCUCAAAAUAAUAAUUUUCGACUGACAUCAUUUGUAAUUGUAUCCAUAAAUUCUAGAAAAUAAAUUAGAUUUCAACCAAAACCACUCAAAACACCUUUAAAUAAUAGCACUUAACAAAGACAAUCUAUUGAAGCUCCUCUCAAUGCACUAUCCAUAUACCAGCAUGCCACAGUCUUAUUUGUAAAGCAACAAUCCAUUCUUUCCCAUUAAAUUAUGCAAUUGUUACAGCAAACAAUGUAUGAAGUUUGCCAUAAAGUCAUGUAGAAUUCUAUUCUAUUUAAGGUUAUCUGUAUCUUCUAUUUUAUUACUGUUUUUUU